AGCGGAUCUUGGUCAGAAUGGCAUCCCCGGUGCUUUGCGUACUUCUCUUGGUGAUCCACCAACUAUUUUUCUGCGUUUCAGGAGCGGAGUUCUAUUCCUCCGUUCACGAAAUGACCAAAGUUUUUGGAUAUGAACAGAAAAUGCUCCAGCAAAUCCAGAAGUUCGUAGCAGAAAACCAGGGAAAAUUGGAUUUUCUAAGAGCUCGUCUGCGAGAGUUCGAGACUGAGCGAAAUGAGGCCCGCGAGUGGGGUCCAGCAUAUUUCGACAGUCCUCUGAAUCAAUAUUUGCUAAAUAAAAGGCUGACGGUAGAUUGGCAGAGAGUGGAAAACCUCAUGGAGACUUCGACAGGCGAAAAAUCCCUGAAUCGCCUGAGGAAGCUACGAAAUCGAGACACGAUGCCCGAUAAAAAAGAACUAGAGGGAGCUAUGGAUGGACUACUAAGAUUGCAGUAUGUUUAUAGACUGAAGGCCAAGGACUUGGCCAGGGGAAUUCUGGAUGGCGUGGAUUACGGCACCCAAUUGAACUCGGAGCACUGUGUGGAUAUAGCUAGGUUGGCUCUUAGGGAUCAGCACCCCAGAUUGGCCCACUCCUGGCUACUAGAGGCCAACGAUCGCUUGACUGGAGGAAAAAAGGAAAGCGAACUCAAGCCCCAGAUCCUGGCUCUUCUGGUGCAGGCCAAGAAGGAGCUGGAGGACUUUCGGGGACUGAGGGAAACCUACCAGGAGCUAAUCCAAAUCCAGCCAGCCAGUGAGGACCAUGCCAGGAAUUACGAGAGUUUCUUGGCGUCUCUGGGAGAAAAUGCCUUCUUAAACGAAAGCAAGCCUAUCCUGGAACAUGCUCCCCUUCCUGAGGAUGAUGACCUGGUGAGUGAGUUCGACGCCUUCAGCCUCACCUGCAGUGGCCACUGGAAACUUACCCCCAAGGAGCAACGCCAUCUUCGCUGUGGCUACGUCACUGAGACGCAUCCCUUCCUAUGGAUAGCUCCCCUCAAGGCGGAGGAACUCUUCCAGGAUCCCCUGCUGGUCCUAUACCACGAUGUCAUAUACCAGAGCGAAAUCGAUGUUAUAAGGCAGCUGACCAACAACAGGCUGAUUAGGGCCACCAUAACGAGCACCAACGAAUCGCUGGUGUCCAAUGUGAGAACCAGCCAGUUCACCUUCAUUCCAGUCACAGCCCACAAGGUUCUGGCCACCAUUGACCAGCGGGUGGCGGACAUGAGCAACAUGAACAUGAAGUACGCGGAGGAUCACCAGUUUGCCAACUACGGAAUCGGAGGGCACUACGGGCAGCACAUGGACUGGUUCAACCCCACAGCUUUUGAAAAUGGACUGGUCGGGUCUCCCGAAAUGGGCAAUCGUAUUGCCACCGUGCUGUUUUAUCUUUCGGAUGUAGAACAAGGUGGAGGCACUGCGUUUCCCCAAAUAAGGCAACUCUUAAAGCCUAAGAAAUAUGCAGCUGCCUUUUGGCAUAAUCUUCAUGCCUCUGGAGUGGGAGAUGUUCGUACGCAACAUGGCGCCUGUCCCAUCAUCGCUGGUUCUAAGUGGGUUCAAAACCGCUGGAUCCGUGAGCAUGAUCAAUCUGAUCGUCGACCUUGUGAACUUUGGGACGAUUCCUUAGCCACACUGGCCCAGAUUUUGGAACUCAAAAAACGAAUUGAGGCGCAAUCAGCUUCUAGUUAAGUUAGGUUUAAGUUAAGUUUAAGACCAAAAUAAACAUAAUAUA